AUGCCGCAUAAACACAAGAGGAAGCGUGGAGAAGACCCAGACUUCGAUCUCCCACCUAGCCACCGUGCUCGUCCCCUCCCCGUCGGUGUCAAGGGCAAAGCGCCGCCACAGACCAAACCGAAAAAGCAAGCACGGUUCAAGGACAAUGACGCGCCCAGAGCUUUUCGACGAAUCAUGGCCGCAGCCCAAGGCAAGAAGUUUCCUGGUGGUCUUGACGACGGCCAGCCAAAGGGAAAGAAGGCACCGGUAGCGAAGUCCGAAACAGAAUCCGAGAAGCUGGCCAUUCGACCAGGCGAAGAUCUGCGGUCCUUUUCUGCUCGAGUAGACGCUGCGCUUCCGGUUUCUGGCCUGAAGACGAAGACCGUGGUCAAGGACGGCAAAGAUGAGCAGGGAAACAAGGUCUGGCGGACGAGGAAAGAGUUGAAGAUGCACAGGCUCUACGACCAAUGGCGCGUUGAAGAACGAAAGGCAAAGGAACGGCACGAGGAAGAACUAGAAUUGGAGGCAGAGAAGGAAUUGGAGAAUGACGGCGAGGGUAUCACUUCGUCAUCCUUCAUGAAAACCCUAGAUGAGGCAGAGGAUCACAAGGGCUCGAGAAGAAAGGGCAAGAAAGGUCGCGCGAAAGAGAAGGAGGAAGAUCCAUGGGCAGCACUGAAGAAAAAUCGAGCAGAAGCCAAGAUUGGGCUACACGAUGUGGCACUGGCGCCGCCCGAACUGAACAAGAAAAAGGAGCGGCAGUUGCAGGUCAAAGAAGGGGCAAUGGCUGAUGUUGAGGGCAUUCCAAAGGCUGCUGGCAGUCUGCGACGUCGCGAGGAGCUCCAAGCGGAGAGAGACGCGGUGCUCGAAGCGUACAGACAAAUGAGGGACACGAAACAGGCCGCGUCGAAGGGCAGCAGCAAGUCACUCCUAUAG